UUUUCACCUUCAAUUCAAAAGUUUCUCUUCUCUUCUCUUUCACCUAACUCUUUUAACAAAAAUCUCAUGGCUAGGGGAGGCAAUAAGCUCACAAAGCUCAAAUCAGUUUUGAAGAAAAUGCAAUCUUUCAAGGUAGGCCGCGGUAUCAACGAGAGCCUUGUACUAGCCACCAAUAAUUCUUACUCUGACGAAGAUUCAUAUUCCUAUGAUAGUCAUUGCUCCAUGAAAGACCAGCACACUGUCUACGUUGGCAAAUCACGUCGCCGUUACUUUGUCAGCUCUGAGGUCGUCUACCAUCCACUCUUCAGGGAACUUGUUGAAAGGUCAGGUAAUUCAGAAGAUUCAAUCGCUGUUGCCUGUGAAGUUGUUCUCUUUGAACACUUGCUUUGGAUGCUCGAAAAUGCAGAUCCUCACCAGCCAGAGUCCUUGGAUGAACUUGUCGAAUUUUACUCUUGCUGAACUAUUUUACAUUGCGGAAUUCAUCAAAAAGGAAAAAGAAAUAAAGAUAUUGCAUGAGGAGGGAUUCCCCGCAGUCAGCUUAUUUAGCGCUAUUAGGAAAAUGGUAGAGAUGAUUAAUUGCUUACAUGGGUGUAACGAUUCGCGAAAAAUUAUAUUUAUAGUACUUUGUAUUACAUGUAUUAAUAAAUAUAUAUACAAGUGUUGGGAUGUAUAUAUGCAUAAUACCCUUACAUUUUUUCUGAA